GCGGCGGCGGGCGAGCGGAGCAUGGAUUGGGGCACGGAGCUGUGGGAUCAGUUCGAUGUGCUGGAGAGGCACACGCAGUGGGGCCUGGAUCUCUUGGACCGGUACGUGAAGUUCGUGAAGGAGCGCACCGAAGUGGAACAGACUUACGCCAAGCAGCUGCGGAGCCUGGUGAAAAAGUAUCUACCCAAGAGACCCGCGAAAGAUGACCCAGAAUCCAAGUUUAGCCAGCAACAGUCAUUUGUCCAAAUACUCCAAGAAGUGAAUGACUUUGCGGGUCAGCGGGAGCUGGUCGCGGAGAAUUUGAGUGUCCGGGUUUGCCUGGAGCUGGCCAAGUACUCGCAGGAAAUGAAACAGGAGAGGAAGAUGCACUUCCAAGAAGGUCGUCGGGCACAGCAGCAGCUGGAAAAUGGCUUAAAGCAGCUGGAAAAUAGCAAACGUAAAUUUGAGCGAGACUGCAGAGAGGCCGAGAGAGCAGCCCAAACAGCUGAAAGACUAGACCAGGACAUCAACGCCACCAAGGCCGACGUGGAGAAGGCCAAGCAUCAAGCCCAUUUACGGAGCCACAUGGCAGAAGAAAGCAAAAACGAGUAUGCCGCCCAGUUACAGCGCUUCAACCGGGACCAGGCCCACUUUUAUUUCUCCCAGAUGCCCCAAAUAUUCGACAAGCUGCAGGACAUGGACGAACGCCGGACCGCCCACCUGGGCACAGGCUAUGGGCUCUUGUCCGAAGCUGAGCUGCAAGUGGUGCCCAUCAUUGCCAAGUGUUUGGAGGGCAUGAAAGUGGCGGCUGAAGCUGUGGAUGCCAAGAACGACUCCCAGGUCCUCGUGGAGCUGCACAAAUCCGGUUUUGCCCGCCCUGGCGAUGUGGAAUUCGAAGAUUUCAGCCAACGCAUGAACCGUGCCGCCUCCGACAGCAGCCUGGGUGCCCCUUCGGAUGGGCGCACCCCGGCACGCAGCCGUGCCAAGCUCUGGCCCUUCAGCAAGAAGAACAAGCUGUGCCCCCCAUCCCUCUCCCCCCGGGGGGCUCCCCUGCCCUCGGUGUCACCUAACGGACCCCCAUCCCCCCGCUCCGGCCUCGACCCCUUGGCCAUACUGAAUGAGAUCAGUAAGUCGGUCAAACCCCGGCUAGCAUCCUUCCGCAGCUUUCGAGGAGGCCGUGGGACCGUGGCCACAGAGGAUUUUAGCCAUUUGCCCCCCGAGCAGCAGAGGAAGCGUCUUCAGCAACAGCUGGAGGAACGAAACCGGGAGCUGCAGAAGGAGGUGGACCAGAGGGAAGCCCUAAAGAAAAUGAAGGAUGUCUAUGAAAAGACACCCCAGAUGGGGGACCCUGCCAGCUUGGAGCCUCGGAUUGCAGAAACCUUGAGCAACAUCGAGAGGCUCAAACAGGACGUGCAGAAAUAUGAGGCGUGGCUGGCAGAAGCCGAAACCCGGGUGCUGAGCAACCGGGGGGACAGUCUGAGCCGUCACCCUCGGCCCCCUGACCCCCCGGCCAGUGCCCCCCCUGACAGCAGCAGCAACAGCAGCACCAAUAGUGGGUCCCAGAACAAUAAGGAGAGCUCCGAAGAGCCCCCCUCAGAGGAAGGCCCAGACACCCCCAUCUACACAGAGUUUGAUGAGGACUUCGAAGAGGAGCCGGGCACCCCUAUAGGUCACUGUGUGGCCAUUUACCACUUCGAAGGGUCCAGUGAGGGCACCGUCUCCAUGACCGAGGGCGAAGAUCUCAGCUUAAUGGAAGAAGACAAAGGGGACGGCUGGACCCGAGUGCGGCGGAAACAGGGGGCAGAGGGCUACGUGCCCACCUCCUAUCUCCGGGUCACGCUUAACUGAACCCCUCCCUGGGGUGCCAGGGGGAGGGCGCGGUGGCUGCUGCUUCUGGGCCACGGGGCGCCCCACGACCUAAGCACUUUAUUUCCGCUCCCUCCCCGCCACCCCCCACCGUGGCUUCGACUGAGUUCUGUAUAUCCUGCUGCCCCCCAGAUCCCACCACACCCCAGUUCGACCCGCUGUGCCUUCCAACCACCGAUGUACAUACUCAUGUCUGAUUUUUUUUCUUCCUGCCUUUUGGCCAGGGCCGUUGUGUUUUAUAUAUAAAAGAGAAAAAUUAUAUAAA